CAACCGGAGGAGCAACGGGGAGGGCUAGUAAAAGGGUAUCCCCAGGAUUUGUACGCCGAAUUACGGGGUAAAUAGUUACCCUAACCGCCAGGAAGACGCCAAGAAAUACGGUGCCGCGCCACCUCUACUCCGUGCUGAGAUGUCGGAGGAGGCGGUGCGCCAGACCCGCAGCCAGAAGAGGGCGCUGGAGCGCGACAGCCUGCCCGGGGAUGUGGACAGCAAGAAGGUGAAGCUGGAGAGGGGCGAGCUGGCGAAGGGCGAGCCCGGCGGAGCCGCCGACGGGGUCAAGGUGAAGACGGAGCCGGUGGCCAAGGUGUCCAGCAUACUGAAGGCCGGCGAGGUCAAGGCCACCAUCAAAGUGGAGCUUCAGACCGACGAGCCGGUUGACAUGAGCACGUCCAAAAGUGACUUGAAGAAAGAGAGGCACGUACCCUCGCCAGAUGAUGUCAUUGUGCUGUCGGACAAUGAGCCCUCCAGUCCACGCAUGAACGGGCUGAGCCACUGCUCCAAGGAGACGGACACAGAGAUGCUCAUGAAGAGCAGCCCGGAUGAGAGGGAGCGCAUCAUCAAGCAGCUAAAGGAGGAGCUGCGCCUGGAGGAGGCCAAGCUGGUGCUGCUGAAGAAGCUGAGACAGAGCCAGAUCCAGAAGGAGACCUCGGUCCAGAAGCCCGCUGGAUCGUCUAGUUCUGUGGCCACCCCGCCUCCUCUGGUCAGAGGCAGCAUCUCGACCAGCAAAGGGCCCCUGCAGGUGUCGUCAGGUCGGAGUUCAGGCACCGUCAUCCCCCCUCCUCUGGUGCGGGGCGGGCAGCAGGUGCCUUCUAAGCUGGGCUCACAGAACGCACAGAUUGUUAUGCCGCCAUUGGUGAGAGGAGCACAGCCUAUCUCUGUGUCUCCUCAGCAAAUCCACAGCCUGCGGCAGCAGCAGCAGCAGCACUCGGGCUCGGGGCCGCCCCCGCUGCUGCUGGCCCCCCGCGCCACCGUGCCCAACGUGCAGGUGCAGGGCCAGAGGAUCAUCCAGCAGGGCCUGAUCCGCGUGGCCAACGUGCCCAACACCAGCGUGCUGGUCAACAUCCCGCAGGCCUCUCCGACCAACCUGAAGGGCUCCUCCGUGACAUCGCAGGCUGGUCUGGCCAGCAGUGUGUCCACGGUCAACGCCAACGACUCUCCUGCCAGCCGCCAGGCUGCCGCUAAGCUGGCCCUGCGCAAACAGCUGGAGAAGACCCUGCUGGAGAUCCCGCCGCCCAAGCCCCCGGCGCCCGAGCUCAACUUCCUGCCCUCGGCCGCCAACAAUGAGUUCAUCUACCUGGUCGGGCUGGAGGAGGUGGUGCAGAACCUGCUGGACACGCUAGGCAAGGGGAAGCAACAAGUAACGGCUGUGGCGGGUGUGGCCCCUGUCCCUAAGGACCCGUACACCUGUGCCCAGUGCAAGACUGACUUCACCUCCCGCUGGAGGCAGGAGAAGAGCGGCACCAUCAUGUGCGAGCAAUGCAUGACCUCUAACCAGAAGAAGUCCCUGAAGGCGGAGCACACCAACCGGCUGAAGGCGGCCUUCGUCAAGGCCCUGCAGCAGGAGCAGGAGAUCGAGCAGAGAAUCCUCCAGCAGCAGACGGCCUCUCCUGUGUCCAAGACCCCCUCCUCGUUGUCGUCCUCGUCCUCGGUGGUGAAGGUCGAGCAGCAGGUCCUGGUGUCGCAGCAGCUGAAGCAGGCCCGGGCGUCCUCUCUGCAGCAGCAGCAACAACAGCAGCACAGCCGGGGGGCAGCCAUCGGCCGCCACCACUCCACCAUAAAACAGAGCCCUGGCCAGCUUUCCCGGAGUGUCCAGUCUGUCGGGGUGCGGGGGGUCCCCCACACAUUCUCGCCGUCCUCGCAGCUCCAGAACGCCGUCACCGCCGCGGCGCUGGUCAGCAGGCCAGGUAAGCAUGCCAUGCGUGCAGGGGGAAAGGUCAACAGCAGCAGUAACCCCGCCGCCGGUGCCUGGAGGAAGCAGAACACCGUGACUACAGGAGUCACCAUGGCUUAUGUGAACCCCAGCCUCUCUGUGCACAAGACCUCCUCCGCUGUGGACCGUCAGCGCGAGUAUCUCCUGGACAUGAUCCCUUCCCGCUCCAUCUCCCAGACAGCAAACACGUGGAAAUAAUGCUAAUACUACGUAUUAUUAAUGAAAAUAAUAGUAAUAAUCAUCAUUAUCACCAUAAUAAUCGACAGCUCCUGGAAACAAACCUGGGACAACCAACUACCGACCAAUAAAUGGGGGGGGAGAAAUAACUCCCCAACCAGUCUUUCUCCCUCUCCCUUUUUCUCUCUCUCUCCUUUCCAAGCCUUCUGUCUCCUUGAGGGAGUAUUUCAACAUUUUGCCUGGACAGUGGGAUUCACUGAGGGGGGGGGGGGGGGGAUAUGGACAGAAAUGAACUGGGGUAAUAAAAAGAAAAGACCUCAUGAAGCUCUUUUUUCGCCCUUCCCAUCACCCGUUCUUCAGCAGUGAUCUUCAUACAUUCGUGCUGUGACAGUGUCCUCGGGGCAUUGUCACUCCUCCCAUAGUCCACUGGUGUCCACAGCUUUGAGAGGCUUGCCAGCUGACAGGACAGUGAUGUCACACAACGUGAACGAUGCGCCUUACUACACCAAUCCUUCAAUCGGACAAACCCAAGACACUGCUGGGUCUCUGGCCUCACUGGAAGGGUCAGGCGGGACCGCAGACAAAAAUGGCAGGGAUUGUGGUUGAGGUUAGUGGACUGUCUUGACGGAAUACUAGAUUGCUUCAGCUUUGCAAAAAAAAAAAAUGAAAAAGACAAAAAAAAUAUGUAUAUGCACAAACAUACUGCUUCCUGUGGUGAAACAGCGGUGCAAAACAGGGGAGCAGGUUUGUGUUUUCAGAGAUUAUUUUGUAUGGCUGAAUGUUCUUGUUUUUUUUGUUUUUUUUUUCCUUUCUCCUUUUUUCUCUCUCUUUCUCUCUCUGUAACAUUAGUCAUACACCUUGUUGAUGGAUAUUUUCCCCUCUGCUCUUGGAACUAGACUUUCUUUAUGGUUGGGUUUAAAAGUCAUGUCAACAUUGAGGUGGUUUUUCAAGUGCAGGUUUGGUGUUGGAUUUAACUCCAGUUUUUGUUUAGAACUUGUAAAGAACCUGCAAAGAAAAACACAAGUUGAUAAAAUAGAAACUUGGUUUACAUCAGGGAGGGACGUUAAUCCCAAAACUGGUAUAACCUUCUAAAGAGAUGUUGCUUGAAUGGAUAUUUUUUUAAACCCUGAAAAGUAUAAUUAAGCUCAACAGAGGGGGGAAAUUAACAUUAAAAAGUACUUUUAGUCAUAGGUUAUAUGGUGCAUUUUUUUCUUAUUUAGGCAUUUUUCUCUGGGUGCAUUUAAUGGGUCACUGUAGUAAAAAAAAAAAGUAUAUACAUGUAUUAUCAUGGCCUAAGUUUUAAUGGAGUUCCAGUUCCAAUUUAGAUUUGUUCUGUUACAUGUCUAGUGGUUCCUGUGCUCCCACUGAUUGAUCAAAAGACUGGACACCAUUCAGAAUGUAGUUUUAUAAACCCUAGCAAGUAAAGGAAUUUGGAUAGCGUUACAACAAUGGGAAGUCUACCCAGACAUGUAUCAUGUUCCUGAAAUAGCCUAGUGGGUUUUUACCUGAAUAAUGCUGACCAUUGCAGUUUCGACCAGUUGUCACACAAGGUGACAUUUCCACAGAGCGCGUGGAGCAGUGAUACCAACCAUACUUGGGGGGGUGGGGGUGGGGGGGAGUUCCCCCAGAGGAGAAAAUAAAGGACAUCGCCUAUGAGGAACAGCUCAUUUUUCACCAUGUGGUUUUUUACACUGGAGCUUGCAUAUGUUAGGUUUGGUUUUACCUGCUUUCAGCUUAUUGAAUACUACUAAAUGAAAAUGUAAACAAAGUGCUUAAUUUUAAGGUUGCAAUUUCAUGUCUUAUGCAACUUCAUUCUUUUUUUUGUUUUCAUGAUCUGAGUUAAUGUGAUCUUUAAAAAACAACCCCUAUUUACCCUGCUUUUGAGAAGGGAGAAAAAAUAUCCUUUUUCCCUGACAUGGAGUUGGAUGAUGGUGUGCUUUGUGUCCCAGCCCUCCGGGUUGACCAAUGUGUACGACUGAUCCUUGGGGCCCUGGUCAGUGCAGUCCUGCAGACGCUGACUUUUACAUGUCUGAUCACUCUCUUCUCCCGUCAUGCUUCUGUUCUCUACUGUUGUAGAUGGAUGCAUUUUCUUAGGUUGCAUGGAAAAUGACAGAUAACUUCUUGUUUUAAUCAUUCAGUUGACACCCAUAUUUUCCGUUGCUGCCACUACUUCAGACCACAGAGAUGACGUUUAAGAUUUGUCACCACCGUAAUUUAAGCCCCGCUCACGCAGCCACUAGUAGAGAGUCGAGGAGAUCAUAGGCCUCCGUUCCAGGCUGCUGCUGCGGCGGCCGCUUCGCUGUCCUGACUGCUGCCUGCUGCUGUCUGACAACUAACACCAUUCCGUUUCCCUGGGGUGCUAGCGCUGUUUACUGCGUCGCGCCCCUUCUAAUGAAUUGUACAAGUAAUGUUCCAAUUUGUUUUGGGUUUUUUUUUCUGCUCUAUCAAGUAAUAAAACUAAU